AUGGCGGCCAACGACACCGUCACGCACGUGGACAUCGUCGCUGUCCCUGCUAUAGGCGCAGACCCAGAAAAGCCAUGGACUUCGGACGGCGCAGGAUCGCCAUGGUUGACGACUGAUUUGCCGAAACUUGUCUCUAACGCGCGCGUGUUACUGCUGGACCACGGAGUAGUGAACGCAGAGGAUUCGCUCGACUCAUUAGCGACCAGGUUGCUGAACAAGCUCCAGGAGCUGAGGAAGUCAACGAGUCGCAGACGACCCCUAUUCUUCAUUUGCCACAGCACUGGCGGUCUCGUAGCAACUGCUGCACUGGUCAAAGCGAGCCGGUCGCCUUCACCUCUCGAUUGCAUACUUUCGAGUUGCUACGGAAUCGCGUUCCUCGCCACCCCGCAUUAUGGGUCGAGUUACCUCUCUGCUCCCGAAUUCGCUAGGAGUAUUCGUCGGCUUCUUGGCCUUCAGUGCAAUAUACCACUAGACGUGCAAGACACGCUGAGACCGCGACAUGAGAAGCUGGAGCGCCUUGCCAGUCAUUUCAGAGCAAUCUCGGCGGACAUGAAGAUUUGGACGUAUCUGGAGACAGUCGAUUCCGUGUUCACGAUAACUGAUUCGGAUACCGGAAGUACAGUAGAUAUGCACGUCCCUAUCACAUCGAUCCGGUCCGGGCUGUUGGGGUUCGAGCAUGAAAAUGAACUCCCUCUGGCAGCGGACCAUGUUGGCACUGCGACAUUCAAAGGCCAAGAAGCUACUGCUAGGCUGGAUUUCAUCAAGGCAUUGCGGUCGGCUAUUGCAGCGGCUUUAGAAUUGUCGCUGGUGUCGGAUGUUCCACUGCAGGUAGAGCAGGAGGUGAUGGUUCAAGUAAGUGGGUUUUAUGAAGACACGGCCAGAGGCGUCAGCAAUGAUACUCCGUUAAAACUGUGGUCUACCAAGACGCCGCUUGAAGCCUAUUUGGACACAGGGCCGUCCAGGUGCCUGGAAGAGCGGUUGAAGAAAUCCAGCAGAUUAUCGAGCAGCACGUACGAGGAGUCUGCCAGUGAAGUAGACAGCAGGCCGACAACUGCCCAGAAUCAGUCAUCGCAGUCCGGAAAUCGAGAUUCUUCGACAAGGGACCCCGGUUUCGUCCCAGUUGAAGUUGUCUCCUCGCGACCUUCCGUCAGGAGAAGUAGGAGUUUCCUUGCUCCACAUCCGUCACCUAGAAUCCAUGUUACGGAAGCGCCCAUUGAGGGUUACUUUGACAUCCAGUCGGAGGGUUCCGGCUCUGACCGACGUGCUUCAUACGAAGAACCGGGCCAAGAGGGUGAGGAAGAAGAGGAGAUUCAGACAGCAGAGAAUCUAGGCACAAUCAGCCCUAGCCAACGGAACCUGUUGACGAGCCUCUCCUCGAGAUAUCGGGAAUUUCUCGGUGUGCCGCAAAGAGAGCGAACCCCUGAUGAGCGAAGUGAGAUGCCUCAGACAGCCCCAAGGUUUGAUAGACCGGAACCAGGAACCGAGAAACUGGUUUGGGUCCACGUGCCAUAUACCCACACUGAUUGGGUUCCGCCGGUUCUUUCCAAAGCCUGCAGAGGGAAAGCCAAACAAAACCUUUUUAGGAAGCUUGUCAACAAUGAAAACUGGUUCUCGAAUCUCACCACUGCCCGCCAUCUGGAACCUCAUGCACGCUAUGUCCGGCCAGCCUGCAUUCACUUCAAGCUCGAUUCCCCACCAAUCAAAGCUUCUGAGCCGCAUGAUUCUCAAUUAGCUCUAUAUCUUCCAUAUCUGCAUUGGGAUACGUACUGGAACCUUCUCCAGCGACGAAAACUUAUAGAAGAGAGAUUGCGACAAGGAAGAUCUAGACCAGUCCCGGAUGAGAUAUCACGAUCUAGUCUAGAAUCGAAACUAAUAUGGAAAUUCCUGGGAAACGAACCCCCAAUCCAUAUACGACGAACCUUGGAUCAAUUUGGAUAUCCGAAUCUCCGAUCUACCGUUGCACGAGAUGACGACCAGAUGUUAUACAAGAGGACAAGAAAAUCUGUCAAUCUCCACGAUGAACUCGGGACUACCGAUCCAAUUCAAUAUGGGCUCAACCCGCAACCCACAUUUGUUGACGGCAAAGUGCUCAUGGUCGACCAGCUCUGGCUUUGGAUCGUGGACCAGAAAACGGUCGUUACCUUCUUUCCCAAGCAGGAGCCUACCACAGUUGAGGGUAAAUUCUACGAGCAGACGAACCUCUAUAAUAGCAUCUACAACGAACUCAAUGGAGACCUUGCGCGACGAUUCGAGACGGCGGGGGAUCUUGCCGCGUUGAUUGUGCUGCACGCUGUCACAGUUCUCUUCGAUAGAACUCUGCAUAGUGAUCUGCAAAUCCUGCGUAUUUUCGAAGAGUCAAUCAGUAUCUUGACUGAGAUAACAACAAGGUCGUUCAAACAAUUCCGAAACAGAGGGAUUAUCAUUAGACCAUCAGAAUACAAUAAGACGCCUGAUGGAAAGCUCAUGACCGCCGAGCAGCGUGAAGAAAGAGACCGUAAUGUCUCCAUCCAGAACAGGGACGAUCUUUCCUCGAUGCUGGAGCUCAGAGACAUCGUGGACGAGCUGGGAACCUUCUUGAAGCUCCUCGAGCAGCAAACGGCGACCAUAAAGGACAUGGCUAAGUACUUUGAGCACAGAGGGUAUGGCAAGCGGUUUAUACAAGCCUCGCUGGGAAGGCUUGAUGAAUAUCGUACUCACAUUACCGAGAUGAGGGAGAAUGCUAUGGGCGCCCAGAAAGCUGUAGAAAACCUCCUCGACCUCAAACAGAAGCAAGCCAACGUCGACGAGUCCCGAUUAGCCCGAUGGGAAGCAGAAGUGACCCAAAGCCAAUCGCGCGCCGUCAUGGUCUUUACCAUCUUCACAGUCAUCUUCCUCCCCCUCUCGUUUUUCACCUCCCUCUUCGGCAUCAACGCCCGAGAGUGGAGCGGCGAACCCACAAACCUAACCUUGGAUACGAUGCUCACCAUUGCCGGCCCCACAAGCGUCGCCGUAAUCGUCUCUGCCCUCUUAAUAGCCUUCAGCGAACGCCUACGCGACAUGCUACUCAAACUGCAAAAGAUCCUCUGGGGCCUAUGCAAGGACAUGAUCUUCGCGCCCGUCGCGGUGCAUCUGGGCCAGCACAACUCGAAGAGGAAAUCACCCUCCGCGGAAAAGACAUCCGUUGUCUCUACAAAGACGAGAACCUCGCGCAUGGGCGAUCGCUUUGGUCGGUAUCUUGCUACGUGGAGGUAUCGAGAGGGCGUGGAAGAUGACUUUUGGAAGAGGGAUGAUGAGAAGAGUAGUACGUUGAAUGGGGUUGGGUAUGGGGAUGGAGGGAGAGCGGAGACGACGGCGUUACCGUCUGUGCUUGUUUCGGAGGCUAGAGGGGGGAGGACGGGGACGGGGCAUUAG